AUGCUUCCAGCAAGACUACCACCUUUGAGCUUCACUCCACAACAGAUAGCUAAUAUUUGCGAAACUUUGGAAGAAAGCGGAGAUAUUGAUAGGCUGGCAAGAUUUUUGUGGUCACUACCAAUAGCUCCAGCAACGCUUGAAGCGCUAAGUAAAAUGGAAAGCGUAUUACGCUCGCAAGCUAUAGUCGCAUAUCACACAGGGAACUUUAGAGAUCUAUACUACAUUUUGGAGAACCACCGUUUCAGCCGUGACUCUCAUAGCAAGCUACAGAUGAUGUAGCUGGAAGCUCAUUAUGUCGAGGCAGAAAGGAUGAGAGGACGAUCACUUGGUCCGGUUGACAAAUACAGAGUACGAAAGAAGUUCCCGCUACCACGAACAAUCUGGGAUGGUGAGCAAAAGACGCACUGUUACAAAGAAAGAACACGUACACUACUGCGCGGAUUUUACCUCCAGGAUCCAUACCCCAAUCCUACUAAGAAGAUAAAGCUGGCGCAAGAUACAGGCCUUACUCCGACACAAGUCGGAAAUUGGUUUACAAAUAGACGACAACGAGACAGAGCUGCCGCAGCCAAACACAAGUAA